UUUCGAAUAAUCAAACCAGAAUAAUUAAAUAAAUAAAUCGGCGAAUAAUGGGAAGAGAGGUUCUGCAGCAACAGCAGCAGCAGCAGGUGGCGUCCGCGGUGGAGGAGCUGCUCGCCGUGAAUCCGUACAACCCCGACAUCCUUCCCGAUCUCGAAAACUACGUCAACGAGCAGGUUUCUUCACAAACCUACAGUCUCGAUGCCAAUCUCUGCCUUCUUCGCCUCUAUCAGUUUGAGCCAAAUCGUAUGAGCACCCAAAUUGUGUCCCGCAUCUUGGUCAAGGCACUGAUGGCAAUGCCGUCUCCUGAUUUCAGCCUUUGUCUCUUCUUAAUUCCAGAAAGAGUGCAAAUGGAGGAGCAGUUCAAGACACUAAUUGUUCUAUCUCACUACUUGGAGACUGGACGAUUCAGUCAAUUCUGGGAUGAAGCAUCCAAUAAUCGUCACAUAGUUGAAGCUGUUCCAGGUUUUGAGCAAGCAAUCCAAGCCUAUGCAAUUCAUGUUCUUUCCUUGACUUAUCAAAGGGUUCCCAAAUCUGUGCUUGCUGAGGCUAUCAACAUCGAAGGUUUAGCCCUGGACAAGUUCCUUGAGCACCAUGUAGCUAAUAGCGGUUGGAUUCUUGAGAAAGUUCAAGGCAGGGGUCAACUCAUUGUCCUACCUCGAAGUGAAUUUAACCAUCCUGAGCUGAAGAAAAACACUGACGAUGGCAUUCCAUUAGAGCACGUGGCUCGCAUCUUCCCCAUUCUUGGUUGAUCAUCAUAUUUGCUGGUCUCCGUGCUUAUGGCUCAGUGGGUUCAUUCCGUCUUCUGUAGCUUUGUUUUACUCUGUUUGACUUCUUGAGUUUUAUGUCGAAAACCAGGCGGCUGCUUACUCCGGCGGUAUUCCUUGACCGUAAUUUUAUUUAAGCUAUCAAUUUUGUUAGUGGAAAAAUUUUCCGAGGCA